AUGGGCUGCGCUUCAGAUGUCGCCAUCCCAAGAGACAGUGGUGCUGAACGCGAAUCACCCACUAUGAUCCCUGCAGACGUUACUUGUGGGGAGCGGAAUGAGACUACAGAUGAUAGGAGCUGCACGCUCCCAUCCCAAACUGCGAAAUCCUAUUUGCCCGCAGACAACUUGGCUGGGGAGUCUAUGGCAUACCCAUGGUACUCGAUGCCGUGGGCCACUGAUCCAUAUUCGCAGGGGACAUUGCAUGGAUCGUUCUGGGAUUGGACCUGGUCUCAAUCCGAGUACCUGACCGGGUCCGAGACCGACGGUUUCUUACAUCCGUCUAUUCCUGCACAGCAGCCAGGCGGAGCCACAGUACCCGAGCUGAAGCGGAUGCCCUUCUGGGGAGACCACUCACAAGAGCUGUACCCUCCGGAUCCCUCCUUUGAUCAAUCGGAGCCUAUUCCCUUGUCCGUUGCACUCGGGCUCUUUUCUAUCCUAGAGACUGUGCCACCGAGAGUUUCAAGACUCCCUUGUGUGCAGCAUGGCGAGGAAGCCAGCUUGGCGCUCCCGACUCAGUCUCCAAUGCUAUUGCCUCCCCGGGAUCCAUUGGCGCCUGUUUCCGCAGCACUGCCCAUGAUAGACUUCCACCGCCGCACCGCAGCUUGCAUCAAGAAGCGCUCGCUAUUACCCCCGUGGCUACUACAGACUAUGACGGAUUACCAGGAAACUGAAAUGAGGCCGUUCGAUAAUGUCGGUGCCAAUAGCCAGAAGUUAUCACGUAAUGUCACAGUGCCGGAAGGCCAGGCCGAGCAACGUCACUCGACCUAG